AUGUUUCUGAAAAUAUUUCAAAAUGAGUGUCUGUACUUUCUUAAACCAAACAGUUUCAAGGGUAUUAACAAACGAAAUCUUAGAAAUCGACCAGAUUUUACCAAGAAUAGGUAUAAAGUUACAAGAGGAAACUAUAACUAUUUACGUGAAGACCAUAUUAACUACUUUCAGACGUUGUUGGGAUAUAAAAGAGUGAUAAUGGACUUAUCAGAUUUAGAGAAGUACAAUGUGGACUGGUAUACUCAAGUAAGAGGCUGCAGUAGUAUUGUUUUAAAACCUAAAACAACUCAAGAAGUGUCUCAGAUACUCUCAUUCUGCAAUAAUCAAAAGCUUGCUUUAUGUACACAAGGUGGUAACACUGGAGUUGUUGGAGGAUGCGUUCCAGUUUUUGAUGAAAUAAUAAUAUCAACGGAACUUAUGAAUGAUAUUAUCAGUUUAGAUGAAAAUUCAGGGGUGUUAGUGUGUCAAUCAGGAUGCAUACUACAAAAUCUCGACAACUUUGUUGCCGAAAAGGGAUUAAUAAUACCUUUAGAUCUUGGAGCUAAGGGGACCUGCCAUAUUGGUGGCAACGUCUCGACAAACGCAGGUGGGAUGAGAUUGGUCAAAUAUGGAAAUAUGCACGCUAAUGUUUUGGGACUAGAAGUGGUAAAAUCCAAUGGUGAAAUUAUAGAUUGCCUAAGUACACUUAAGAAAGAUAAUACAGGCUAUCAUUUGAAACAUUUGUUUAUUGGAUCUGAAGGCACACUUGGACUCGUUACCAAAGUAGCUUUGCAGUGUCCACCGAGACCAAAAUAUAGAAAUGUAGCGUUUUUAGGUCUACAAAAUUUUUCAAAAGUUUUAAAAACCUACAAACUACUUAAAGAAUCUUUAGGGGAAAUCCUAUCGGCGAUUGAAGUCAUGGAUUCAACAACUAUGCAAUUCAUAUCUGAAAAAAAUCAACAAACAUCCCCAAUUGGAGAAUAUCCGUUUUAUCUGAUGGUCGAAACUUCCGGUAGUAACGAAGAACACGAUCAGCAUAAGCUUAACAGGUUUUUUGAGAAGAUUUUGACAAAGGGAUUAGUUUUGAACGGAGUUGUAGCUAGUGACGCUAAACAAGCGGGAGAUAUAUGGUCAAUAAGAGAUAACGUCUCCACCGGAUACAAGCAUUGUGGUGCUGUCUUUUAUUACGACAUUUCGUUACCCUUACAACAUUACUAUACCAUCGUAGAUAUUAUGAAGACAAGGAUGGGCAGUAAAUGCGAAAAAGUGUUUGGAUACGGUCAUUUAGGUGAUGGUAAUAUACACAUAUCUAUUGUAAUGGAUGAAUACAGCGACGAAUUAAAGAACCUUGCAGAACCAUAUAUUUUCGAACAAGUUCUCGCUCUUAAUGGAAGCAUAAGUGCGGAACACGGACUGGGAUUUAUGAAAGCCAAAUAUUUAAACAUGGUAAAAUCUGGAAACAACGUUAACUUAAUGAAAGAUCUGAAAACAAUACUCGAUCCUCAUAUGAUACUGAAUCCAUAUAAAGUAAUUCCUGAAAUAAAAUGA